AUGGACGAGCACCUCAGCCUCCUGCGCUCGCCGCCGCCGCCGCCCUCCGCCCGCCACCGCGCCCACCCGCCGCAGCACCCCGCGAGCGGCGACGGCGGCGGCGGCGGCGGCGCCCACACGCUGGUGAACCCCGGCUACGCAGAGCCCGCCGCGGGCCCCGAGCUGCCGCCGGACAUGACGGUGGUGCCCGGGGACCACCUGCUGGAGCCGGAGGCGACCGACGGCGGGGGUGACCCGCCUCAGGGCGGCUGCGGUGGCGGCGGCGGCUGCGACCGCUACGAGCCGCUGCCACCCGCGCUGCCCGCCGCCGGCGAGCAGGACUGCUGCGGGGAGCGCGUGGUCAUCAACAUCUCGGGGCUGCGCUUCGAGACGCAGCUCAAGACCCUCUGCCAGUUCCCGGAGACUCUGCUGGGCGACCCCAAGCGGCGCAUGAGGUACUUCGACCCGCUCCGCAAUGAGUACUUUUUCGACCGCAACCGGCCCAGCUUCGACGCCAUCCUCUACUACUAUCAGUCCGGGGGCCGAAUCCGCCGGCCGGUCAAUGUGCCCAUCGACAUCUUCUCCGAGGAGAUCCGCUUCUACCAGCUGGGCGAGGAGGCCAUGGAGAAGUUCCGCGAGGACGAGGGCUUCCUGCGGGAGGAGGAGCGGCCCCUGCCCCGCCGAGAUUUCCAGCGCCAGGUGUGGCUGCUCUUCGAGUACCCGGAGAGCUCCGGGCCGGCCCGGGGCAUCGCCAUCGUGUCCGUGCUCGUCAUCCUCAUCUCCAUCGUCAUCUUCUGCCUGGAGACGCUGCCCGAGUUCCGCGAUGAGAAGUACUACACCGCCUCGCCGUCGCAGGAGCUGUUCGAGACGGCCAGCAACAGCACGUCGGGGGCUCCCGCGGGAGCCUCCAGCUUCUCGGAUCCCUUCUUCGUGGUGGAGACUCUGUGCAUCAUCUGGUUCUCCUUUGAGCUGCUGGUGCGGUUCUUCGCUUGCCCCAGCAAAGCCACCUUCUCGCGAAAUAUCAUGAACCUGAUAGACAUUGUGGCCAUCAUCCCUUAUUUCAUCACUCUGGGCACCGAGCUGGCUGAGCGACAAGGCAAUGGACAGCAAGCCAUGUCCCUGGCCAUCCUGAGAGUCAUCCGCCUGGUGAGGGUCUUCCGCAUCUUCAAGCUCUCCCGCCACUCCAAGGGGCUGCAGAUCCUGGGGCAGACGCUGAAGGCUUCCAUGCGGGAGCUGGGGCUGCUCAUUUUUUUCCUUUUUAUUGGGGUCAUCCUUUUCUCCAGCGCGGUUUAUUUUGCGGAGGCAGACGACCCCACUUCAGGUUUUAGCAGUAUCCCUGAUGCCUUCUGGUGGGCUGUGGUAACCAUGACGACCGUAGGUUACGGUGACAUGCACCCAGUGACCAUAGGGGGCAAGAUUGUGGGGUCACUCUGUGCCAUCGCUGGUGUCUUGACCAUUGCUUUGCCAGUCCCUGUGAUUGUUUCCAACUUCAAUUACUUCUACCACCGGGAGACAGAAGGGGAAGAGCAAGCCCAGUACCUGCACGUGGGAAGUUGCCAGCACCUCUCCCCUUCAGCCGAGGAGCUCCGGAAAGCGAGGAGUAACUCGACUCUAAGUAAGUCGGAGUAUAUGGUGAUCGAAGAGGGGGAUAUGAACCAUAGCGCUUUCCCCCAGACCCCCUUCAAAACGGGCAAUUCCACGGCCACCUGCACCACGAACAAUAAUCCCAACUCCUGUGUCAACAUCAAAAAGAUAUUUACCGAUGUUUAAUAUAUGAAACAAGUGACAUGCUGUGCCCAGUAUUGUGUGGAACGUGCCCCCUUGGUCUGUGUAUGUCCUUGUUUUAUACAUUUCCAGACCAUUCAUCAAGGAAAGGACAUGAAGAAGUGGAAAGCACACUUCAUUCUCUCUCUCCCUACUGCUUCAUACUGAAACAGGUGUCUGUUUUGCAAGUGGGCUGCAUUCUCUCAGCUCUCCUUUUUUUCUCUCUCUCCCUCUCUUAAUAUUUCGAACAACAAACUUACUUUAAACUUGAUUUUUAGCACAUGCUCUGUAAAAAAAAAAAAAAAAAGACAAAAAAAGAAAACCAAACAAAAAAAACUACAUCCUGGAAGGAAAUGAAACUAAAGAACAGAGUAACUGUCUAACCUCAGAAUCCAAAGGCAGCUGUUUCUUUACUAAGUAAAGCAGGCACAUACUUAAAGGAUGCUUCGGUUUGAUGGACCCAUCAACAUUACUGAAUAUUUAGUUCAAUUGCCAACACUGUGGAUAGGUGGAUGAAAAGUCUAUUUAGAACAAUGACUUGUAAACCCACCGUAAGUUUAUUUGUUUGCAACUGGAAUUUCUAUGUGGAAGCCCCCCUCCCGGAAUUUUAAGGAUCUCUACAACUUUGAACUAAGGGAAAUGCCCAAGAUGUCCCGAUCUGACUAAUUAGUUUAACUCUUUGGGGCUUGUUAAGCAUUUCGAAAGUAUUAGACUAAGAGAUUCCUAUGAAAUUCUGUAUUCAUUCUAGCUAACAUCUAUCAAAGUCUAGAAACAGAUGUUUUCAGUGCUGCUGAGAGAAACAAAAAAAUUUCCUAAUGCAUCUGAGAGAUAAGCUUCUGCAGUAUCACAAGAAGAUUAAAGUGGCAGACACUCCUUCCAGCAGAAGUUACUAAUUCGGACCUGACUGAUGCAGUUCCCAUAGCAACCCAUGUUUCCCGGGAAACCCGAAAAGGUUGUCAUGGCAUCUCUUGCUCUCUAGCCCCACCCCCUAGCCCCUGCUGUUUCCACAGUAACCUUUCCAGAUGGUUCCUACUUACAUGAUUUCACAAGGAAAACCACUGUUUGAAUAAACCGCACAAGUAAAGUCUGAGAAUCCAAAGUGGUGAAAUGAAUCACAAAAUGCAUAUUUUUACUACAGAAAAUCACUGAUGUCAUCCCAUAUUGACUGAAUUGAAAAGGAAAAUAUCGUCAUUGGAAUGUUAAAUAUACACUACAGUAAGCCAUGAUUUGAAUGAAAUGCCAGUAAUUAGGCAAUCAUUUUAAAAGAUGCUUCUCUACUGUUUUCCCAAGAAGCCAACAAAUGAAGUUAAAAAGCAAAUGUCAAAGUGUUCUGCACAUAAGCAAGUGAAAGAUUCAGUCAAUAUACCUGAAACCUUACUACAAGGGACCUUCAGACUUCCUCUUUAAAAACAUUAUCCAGAUCCCACAACAACAGUGUCACCAUCACAGCCCUUGAAAAACUAAAUAUACUUGAAAAAUAUAAAGGAUGCACACUUUUAACUGAGGGAAUUGCAGACAAUCAAUAAGAAGGAGGAACAGGAAGUAACCAAACCUUGGAGAAGUACUUGCAAGUUUCAGCCAUGUGCCAGGGAUGGCCAGAAGACAGCAUCAGAUACCUGAAGAGCCCUACGUAAAGAACUGUAGAGCUGCACUGACCAGUAGGAUGCUCUUUUUAAAUUGCUUAGAUCAAGAAUACAGUGUUGGUUAUAUUGCUGAUGGACAGUGAUCUGUCUGCCAGCACAUACUUUUGUUUCAGUUGACAUUAAAUAACAUGUCUCUAAGAAAUGCUUCAUAUACAAGAAACAGCUCUGAACCUGGAGGAUUCUCUUCAAAUUGUGUGCAAUAUAAAAGAUAUUGACCAAGAAAUAAAGAAGAACAUUAAAAAUAAUAAAGUAUCAUUUCAACCUUUUGACAUUUUGAUGAUAUUUAAUCAUCCAAAAACUAAUCGCUACUGCUAAUAAAGAAAACCUAAAUGUUUGUUUCUAACAAGGCAACUUAUUACACUGUUUUCUUCUUUCAUUUAAUUACUGGACUACGUUUAAUCAUGAUGUAUAUUAAUGUUAUCUUCUCUGUUCUGAGUUAUGUGCAACUUUAUUUGUGAACGUGUGUUUUGUACCAAAGCCUCUCAUACAUAAAUUAGCCCGUUUAUAUGUAAAUAAGCGAAGUCUACACUGUGCCCAGAUGAAUGGUAUUAAAGACAGACUUGCCUAAAAGAAACGUGCCUUGCUUGAUUAAACAUUCUUUUAUUUUUUGAUUCAAAAUGAUAGAUUUGCAAAUUAGUCUUGUAGGUAGGUUUUAGCAGAGCUUAACUUUAAAAAAUAUAGUAGUACCUAUUAUAUGUUUAAGUUGUCUAUCUUAACUAAAAUUUUAACAUUUAGUUAUACCUUUCAACAGUUCAUAUAUAAUAUACUAAUUUAAUUUAGUUUUCAUAUGAUGUUUGGUGUGGUGAGACAAAGCACAUUCUUAAAGAUAUAUACAAUAUUUCAUCUAAUGUUUUAAGAAUUUCUUUAAAAAUUGUAUCUGUAAAAGUUUUCUUGACUCAUUUUCUAUUUUUAUAUUCUUUUAGAAAUGGAACUUUUUUCAGUUAAAAAGAAAAGCAAAGUUUUAUUUGUAAAAGAGAUUUAGGAGAUCAUUAAAAUGGUUUCCCAUUUGGGGACAUUUCACUUCUGUGCCAUUAUUAAUGUAUUUACUGUGACAUUUCAGCAGAAUGGUAGCUAUUUGCAUAUUAUUUAAUAAGCCUUAUGGAAAGUUAAACUGUGAACAUUUAAUAUAAAGAAGACUUUUCAUUUCCAUAUUUCAUUUUCAAAAUAUACCUGAACAAAUGUGUAAAACUCCAACCUCCUGCUAUUUAAAUGCAUAACAAUGCUAAGUUAUAAUACGAGUACUUGUAGAAUUUCAAUUACUAUCAAAAUAUUGUUGUAGGAAAGCCAAAAUUAUAACACUUUUUGAUGUCCUGUAGAAGGAAAUGCAGGUGAUGAAUUUCACUGUUAACAUAUAAGAAUCAGUAACUGAAACAAUCUUAUACCUACUAGCAGCGAAACAGACAGGAGAUACAAUCCAGGUAACUUUCUUUGAGGCAACGUCUACAAUGGAUUUUGCACAAUCUGCUGGUAAUUUCUCUGGUCAAAACUUUGAGACCAGAUCACUCUAGGAAAAAAGGAAGUAAAAGAAAAAUGACAGCUGUCUCAGAUUUGAGCUAUGUGAACCUCCAAUCUGGAUAAUUUGUGAUUAAAGUGAAAAUAUAGCCACCACGGUGUUUUUGCUCUGUGUUAGCCUGUGUAGUAGAGACACUGGCCCAGAGAAUAGUCCAUUUCCAGCCACCUUAAUACUCAUAACUGAUGAUCACAGCCUGGUCACAUCAGCUAUUGGGAUGAUUGAAACAAACCAAACAACUGUCCUAAUAGGAGGUCUUAGAACAUGCAGAUGUUUUAGUAAGGAUCAGUAGGUGUUACCAAAAUAGACACAAGAGCUACCUUUAUAAAAUACCAAUGACACAACCUUAAGCAUUAUAGUAUGUUUAAUAUCAUAUCCACAUUAUUAUUAUAGGCUACAGUUUCAAAUAAAGACAAAAUCUGGGGCUUCCCUGGUGGCGCAGUGGUUGAGAGUCCGCCUGCCGAUGCAGGGGACGAUGAGAGGCCCGCGUACCGCAAAAAAAAAAAAAGACAAAAUCUGGACUUUGCAAUAAAACACAGUAUGGUACCAGAUGAAGAAACUUG